AUGCGCGGCGUUGCGGCGCAGCUGGCCGCGCGCCCGGGGCGUGUGCGCCACUUUCGGACGUGGCGCCGCGCGCUGGCCGAGCAGCGCGAUGUCGAUCGCGAGAUGCGCCAUGCAUGGCAGGCGCCGCCAGCGAGUGCGUGGACGCCGCCCGAGGACGCGCCACAGCGCGUGCGACGCGCCACGCUCGAGCGCCUCUUCCAGGCGUGGGAGGCGCGACCGGGCGCGGCCACGCUGCAUGACGAGCUGCCUCCCAGCGAGGACGGCGGCGACGACAUGGAGCGACACGAGCUCCCCGUCGAUGCGCCGCCCCUAGACCAGCUGCCCAUGCCGCCCGACGACUGGAUCGACGACGCGGCGAACGAGGCCGAGCGGGGGGGGCCGGAGGAGGCGCUCCCCAGUGAUAUCGCGGCGCUCUUCCUGGCGGAUCCGGACGCAGCUCUCGAGGCCGGCGCCGCGCGCCGCCGGGAAGAGGCGCCCGAGGCGCUGGCCCCCGAGACGCCGGUCGCACCUGCCGCGCCGACGUCGCACACGCCACGCCGUGGCGUGCGCGACCAGUACGACUGGCGCCUCGUCGCCGUGUCGCAGCAGGGCGUCGCCCUCCCGGGCCACACGUACACGCACCUCGUGGGCCCCGCCUGGGACGCGGACCAGUGGGCGUGGGUGCGGCGCAAGCCGCCGCAGUCGCUGCUGCUGCGCGCGGCGCACAGGGCCGCGCGCGCGGUCCACCGUGCGCCGCACGACCCCGGGCACGAGACGAGCGCGAUGCGCGCGCUGACCCUGGGCGCGCGGCAGUACCAACAGCACUGGCGGCGCGUCCUGUCGUACGAGCGCGCGCACCAUGAAGAUGAGCUGCAUGAGCAGCGCUCGCGGCCGCUCCAUGAGCUCGUGGCGCUGGGGCUCGCGGUGCCUGGCCUCAUGGCAUUCUGGCAGACGGGCCGCCACUUUGGGCGCCGCGUCGGCGUAUUCAAGCUGCCCGGCUCGCGCCGCCUGCCGCGGCACAAGCUCCAGCCCGGCUCGGUCGUGGACCUGUGCCCGGAGGACGCGCCGCCCGACUGGCUCCGGAUGGCGCGGCGCAAGGCGUCGGCGGUCGAUGCCGCGGCAGAGACGCUCGCGGGCGGCGCGCCGGGCGCGCCUGAGCGCGUGGUGCGUGUGCCGGCCGAGGUCAUCGAUGUGACGCCCACGCAGGUGCGCGUGCGGUUCAGCGAGGCGUGGGAGCACCUCGACUUGGGCCUCUUUGAGCGCUGGCGGCUGGACCGCGGCGAGAGCAACGUGACGAACGAGCGCACGGAGGCGGCGCUCGAUGCCAUGCUGUACGAGCCGGACGACGUGGUGCGUGCGGGCACGCCGCAGCGGCGGUACGCGCUCGCCGGCACGACGCUGCGCGACGUGCUGACGGGCCAGGCGUCUGUCACGGGCCCGGGGCUCUUUGCACAGGACCAGCGCAUCCACAGCUGGUGCGAGCGGUACGCGCGCGCGCGGCCGGUGCGGGUCGAGGGCGACCCGGAGCUGGGCCUCAACCGGAGCCAGCUGCGCGCCGUCGCGAUGAUGCUGCGCGAGCGCGUGAGCCUCGUGCAGGGGCCGCCUGGCACCGGGAAGACGCGCACGCUCGUGCAGGCGGUGCGCCUGCUCAAGCAGCACUUCCAGGUGCCGCACCCCGUGCUGCUCGCGGCGCACACGAACGUGGCCGUGGACAAUCUGGUCGAGGGCUGCGUGCGCGCGGGCCUCACGGUCGUGCGCGCUGGCUCGUCGACGGCGGCGCGGGCGAGUGUGGCGGACCACACGCUGGACGCGCACCUCGCGCGGCACGCGAGUGCGCCGGCGCUCGCCGAGGCCGAGGCAGCGCUGAAGGAGUCUCAGGCGACGCGCGAGGCGCUGGAAGCGGCGCUGCGGCAGGGCCAGGCGGACAAGGCGAUGCAGGAGCGCGCGGUGCGUGUGCGGCGCGCGAUCGCGCACCUCACGGCGCGGUGCCACGUCCUGCGGCAGCGCAUGUACGCGGAUGUGCUGCACCGCGCGGACGUUGUGUGUUCGACGGCGAUUGCGGCGGGGUCCGCGCAGCUGAACGCGAUCGACUUUCCGCUCGUGUUCCUGGACGAGGGGUCGAUGGCCACGGAGCCGAUCGCGCUGAUCCCGCUGAUGAAGGGGUGCGCGCAGCUCGCGCUGGUCGGCGACCACAAGCAGCUGCCGCCCGUGCUCCAGAGCACCGCGGCGCGGCGGGCGGGGCUCUCGACGAGUCUGUUCGAGCGCCUGAUCCGCGGCGACACGGUGCCGGGCGCCGCGCAUGCGCGGUGCGCGGUGCCCUCGACGAUGCUGGACGUGCAGUUCCGCAUGCACCCCCUGCUCGCGCGCUUCCCGAACGUGCACUUUUACGACGGCGCGCUGCGCGAUGCGCCGUCGACCGAGUCGCUCGGUGCGUACGACAGCGUGUUUGCCGCGUACGACGCGAUGGACGAGCCGCUGCCGCUGACGCUGUUGACGCAUGCGCCGGUGGCGUCGAGCAGCUCGGCGGUGGGGGCGUGGACGCGGACGAGCGGGGCGUCGCCGUACAACCCGCUGCAGGCGGACCUGUGCCUCGAGCUCGUGUGUGACCUGCUCGAGCGGAAUCCGACGCUGCGCGGCGCGGACAUUGGGAUUGUCACGCCGUACGAGGCCCAGGUGCGGCUCCUGCAGCGCAUGCUGGCGGCCGGCGAGUCGCUGGCUACGGGGGGCGACGCGAUGGCGUCGACGGUGCCGCAGCUGAGCGAGGAUGCGCUAGAUACCCUGGCGGCGAUGGACGCGCGGCGCGCGAGCGAGCUGAGCGCGAUCGAGGUGCACACGGUCGAUGGCUUCGAGGGGCGCGAGAAGCCGGUGAUGGUCUUUAGCACGGUCAAAGCGAGCGGCGGCUCCGUCGAGGGCACCGCCGCCCUGCACUGGGCGCGCGAGCGGCCGAGCGAGGCGGCGGCCGCGCGGCUCGAGAGCCUGCCGCGCGAGCGCGGGGGCUUCAUCGGGUUCCUCGCGGACCGGCGGCGCAUGAAUGUGGCCCUGACGCGGGCGCAGCGCCAGCUGUUCGUGGUCGGCAACCUCGAGACGCUGCUCUGCGCGCGGCUGGGCGACCAUGGCGCGGAGCACAUCGAGUGCAGCGACGUGCAUGUGGUGCGCAAGUACGCGCGCUGGCUGCUCGCGCACGGGCACGUCGUCGACGUGCAGCAGGUGCGCGACCGGCAACUGGAGGGCUGGCGCCGUAGAUGA